AUGGGGGCACCGUUUGAAGGAAUCAGUCAAGAUGUUAAAGGAAGAGUUAAAUGCUAUAAACAAGAUUGGGUCGGUGCAAUCUGUUCUGGUGUUAGUAUAUUGGCUCCGACUUUCUACAUAUUCUUUGCUUCUGCACUUCCUGUUAUUGCAUUUGGAGAGCAACUUAGUAGGGAAACAAAUGGAAGCUUGAGCACGGUCGAAACAUUAGCAUCUACUGCUAUUUGUGGAGUUAUCCAGUCAAUUAUAGGUGGCCAACCUUUGUUGAUUUUAGGAGUUGCGGAACCGACUGUUAUAAUGUAUACUUAUCUCUACAGUUUCUGCAAAAAUACACCUAAUUUGGGUGCUGAGCUCUUUCUGGCUUGGGCUGGUUGGGUUUGUUUUUGGACGGGGUUCAUGUUAAUUUUGCUUGCAAUUUUUAAUGCUUGCAAUAUUAUCACUAGAUUUACAAGAAUUGCAGGGGAGUUAUUUAGCAUGCUUAUCACUGUUCUUUUCUUUCAAGAGGCUAUAAAGGGACUGAUAGGCGAGUUCAGCAAUCUGAAGGUGGAAGAUCCUUCCCCAGUGCAAAUUCAAUGGCAGUAUACAAAUGGAUUACUUGCAGUCAUUUUCUCUCUAGGGCUAAUCGUCACUGCACUUAAAAGCAGAAAAGCAAGAAAAUGGCGAUAUGGAACAAGGAAGCUACGAGGCUUUAUUGCAGAUUAUGGAGUUCCAAUGAUGGUAGUGUUGUGGACUGUAUUAUCUUAUAGAAAGCCAAGCACCGUUCCACAUGAUGUUCCUAGAAGGCUGGUUUGUCCGCUUCCAUGGGAACCUGUGUCUCUUUAUCACUGGACAGUAGUGAAGGAUAUGUGGAAGGUACCUGUGGUUUAUAUAUUUGGGGCAAUUAUUCCAGCUUCGAUGAUAGCGGGUUUAUACUUUUUCGAUCAUUGUGUGGCUUCUAAGAUGGCACAACAGAAAGAAUUCAACCUUCAAAAACCAUCUGCCUACCAUUAUGAUGUUUUCCUACUUGGAAUAAUGACUUUGAUUUGUGGUCUCCUUGGCCUUCCUCCUUCAAAUGGAGUCCUUCCACAGUCCCCAAUGCACACAAAGAGUUUGGCAGUUCUUAGGAAGCAGCUGAUCCGAAAGAAGGCUGUGAAAAGCGCCAAGGAAUGCAUGGAACAACACAGUACCAGGUCUGAGUUAUACGGGAAAAUGCAAGCUGUGUUCGUUGAAAUGGAUGCAGCCCCUAGUGUUACAGAUUUGGAGAAUUUGAAAGCAGCUGUAAUGAAACCUGAUACCAAGGGUGGUGCAACGGAACCUUUUGAUCCUGAGAAAUACAUAGACGCUAAUUUACCGGUCCGGGUUAAUGAACAAAGAAUGACCAACUUAUUACAGUCCCUCCUGGUUGGCCUAUCGAUAAUAGGCAUCUCCGUUAUCAAGAAGAUACCGACUUCAGUUUUAUGGGGUUAUUUUGCUUACAUGGCAAUCGAUAGUCUUCCAGGGAAUCAGUUUUGGGAGCGGUUAUUGCUCCUCUUCAUCCCCCCAAGCCGACGUUACAAAGUUUUGCAAGAAUCACAUGCCUCGUUCGUGGAGACAGUACCAUUCAAAACCAUCGCUGGAUUUACAGCCUUACAGUUAGCAUAUUUUCUGUUCUGUUUUGGGGUCACAUGGAUACCUGUUGGUGGAAUAUUGUUCCCGCUACCAUUCUUCCUUCUCAUAGUUCUAAGAGAACACGUUCUACCAAAACUAUUCAAUCCUAACGAUCUUCAGGAGCUAGAUGCUUCCGAAUAUGAGGAAGUUAUUGGUGCUCCACGUGGAGCACGUAAUAUGUCACUAAAGGAUACGGAGCCAUGUGGUAGUGAUACCGACGGAAGCUCGGAAGAUUACUACGAUGCAGAGAUAUUGGAUGAGAUGACAACCAGCAGGGGAGAGUUGAAACUUAGAACUGUAAGCUUCAACGAUCGAAACCGCAGUAACAGUUUCAACGAUCGAAACCGCAGUAACAGUUUCAACGAUCGAAACCAAAGCAACAGCUUCAAUGAAGACAGACACAUUUAG